GGUAUGCAUAUUGUUUCAAAAAAAAGAAUAUGCAUAUGAUAAAGUUUUAUCUGCAUAAUUCCAACAUCUCAGACUUAGGCAAACUUGACACUUGCUGCAAUAUAUCUUGGAAUAUCUAUUAGCACAAUGACAGCAACAUCCAUGUUUCUUCUUUGAUUUCUGAGGCCAGUGAGCAAUUACAUCAAACAGUGUAUCACUGCAAGGCACAGGUGUAAUAGGAGUUCACAAGUUUUUUCUUAUUAUAUAAGUUGUUUCCUCUAAGUAUCUUUUGUUAAGUCUGCUUGGUGUGGAGGGUCUUGUUUGCUAGACAUGCUUUAUCUGCUGUGCUGAGUGCUUCUGAAAUGGCUUUUAUAAAACAUAACAAAGGAAAUUCUCUCCUUCUUUAGAGUGCCUAUGUUUUUCACAUGUCUAAUUCAUUUUGUACCAUUAGGAUUUAGGCCCAGGUUAAACGUCGUGCUUCUCAUGCGCCGAACCUAAUUGCUGAAUUAAGUACAUGAGAAGCUCGACGUUUAACUUAAUUAAGUUCGACAGAAUCGAUUAAGUUCGACAGAACGUCUCUGGCUCGACUUGUUCUGCUGUGCCGCACGGCAGUAGCACGACACCAAGUUAAACGUCGUGCUUCUCAUGUGCCGAACCUAACGCAUAAAUUAUUUUUAAUUAUUUUGAACGUUAAAACGAGGUUAGGCAUGCGCAGAUGAGAUAGGAAAAAGGCGCCAACGACAAACUUACACCAUUCCGACGAGUCAUCGUUCACUUCACUUUCACUCGUGUUCUUGAAAAUUUAGAAGUUUAUUCAAUUCAUAUUCAGUAUAACGAUCAUGGCAUCAAAUUCACGAAACAUAGACAAUUGCAAAUCAUGUAUGAAGCAGACUAAAUAUAUCUGCAUAACUUGCGGGGUACCAGUCUGUACAGUUUGUUGUUUGGAGGAGUUAGAUGAAGAAACCCAAGGCUGGAUUCCAUGCCGGAGUGUAGGCUACUGUUCUGUUUGUAAGGUGCAACAGUUUGAGUCAUCAAAAGUUGAAUUGAUAUCACCAUCAAGUCCUAACAGUAACAAAGAAGAUGAGGAAGCAGAUUUUGAAAGUGGGAAUGAGAGUAAUGCUGAUGGGCCACCAUUAAAAAAAAGAAAGAAAGAAAAGAAAUCUGGCAGAAAGACAAGUUGGCCUGACACUUUACUUGCUGACUUUAUUGAUAUCAUUGUAUCCAAUGAAUAUUUCAAGAAAAAACUAAUUUUCCAGAAUGUCAAAAAUAAAAAAAAUUGUGAAAUAUAUGGGAACAUUUUAAAAGAACUUAAAAAGCGUGUUCAUGCUAGAAAUGAGAAUUGCAACUACACUGUAAUCCAGCUCCGUAAUAAAUUUAAGAAGGUAGUUGGGGAGUGCAAGAAAGCAGCACUUGUAAUGAAAACUGCAAGUGGAAUAAAGAGAUUCCAAGAAGAAAAGAAUUACGGAGUUUGGUUCAAUCAGCUGCUAGAGCUGGUGAAAACAAGAGAAAGCUGCCAGCCGGAACAAGCCAUCGAACCAAGUGAGCGAUCUUUUGAUUCCACAAGUGAGUGUGUUGCUCCAGCUGAAUCAACACCAGAAUUUUUCAUCCCAGUCAUGAAGGCACCAAAAAGAGUCUGGGCCUUAUGAAAAACAUUGCUGGAAAAGAC